AUAAAGCAUGGUUUCAAUUAUGGAUGUAGAAUCAAACAGACCAAGCUGUGAUAACCGUGUAAUUCUAUCGCAAAGUGCAGUCAGCCAGAAAUCGAUAGAUCUCGAUCUUUCACCGAAAUCAACAAACUCUGCUACGAAGGACGAAGAAUUGACCGAUUUGUCAGCAUUAACUACUGGAAGUGACCAACAGCCGCAUCUGAGCCACAGUAAACUCACCACAACGCUGGUAGCAGCCCCGGCAGUAAGUGCAAGCUGUAGUAACAGCAUAAUCAGCGCAACCAAUUCCCUCAAUGCUACCGAAACGGAUCUUGUCAAGAGAACAAUGAAGUUAGAUCUGGUAGAUGCUUCCAGCAAUCCAGUUCGAUCGAUGAGCACAGCAUCCUCGAGUGCAAGUGCAGCCAGCACUACUCAAUCAACAACUUCCACUUCCGUGGUGACAACCACCACGACCGCUAUCAUCAUGAAACAUCGUAAAUUGAAAGAACGUACUUUUAGCGAUGACAUUGGGUCUCCAAAAUCCCCCGCAUCUACAUCAGUAGAAGUAGGGGACGAUCGUAAAGCUCUCCGGGACGCGCUGUAUCAAGGGAUCUUCCAUCGUCACCGCCGGACUAUCUUUGCUGUGGGCAGUUUCCUACGCAUGCUGAAAAGCAGAAACUCGUCCUACAACACGAUUCGCAGCUCAUCUGAAGGAGAAGACGACACACGAUAAUGAACAAAACACUUUAUGUAAUGCAAUCCAUUGUCAACUAUUUAGUUAUCGAUCAAUCAAUUUCUUCGCCGUUUCCGUUAAUACGGUUAUAGUUUACUGUAUUAUUUCUUGGUAGCUAAACUUGUCACAUAUUAAUCCCACCGAAAGAAGUAAGUGUUUCAUUUUGUGCUUUGUAAAACCAUAAAUGCGCAUUUAAACAAACCGAAGUUGUGUGUCCACAUGUUAGGAUUCCGCCAUGCACCAAACGCUUACCAAGAACAAUUGCAAAACAUGAAAUAUGUUUUGCUCCCUGUGUUAUCAUAGAUUUUAUCUAAUUAAUUCUCUUACAUAUUUUCAUUAAUAAAACGACGGGUAGCAAAUUAUAUUACACAACGUAUUUAUGAUAAACCGUUAUUAUGUUGACAAACCACAUUCCAUACUAAAAUAAAUCAAGUGAAACUCCGAUGCUCACGAAUCUAGCUUCAGAGUUCAAUACGUGCUUGACUCCUCAUUGCUUUUGAGAUUUUAGAUCAAGUAAAAGAGCUUAUUUCUAUUAUUCUGCAUUCCACGUGGUAAAAUAACAGCCAAUCGAAUGUACUUCGACUUAAAAUAAUUAAACAUACUCACAUUGCUACUCCAAAGGACGUUGAACUAGAUUUUAAAAAGCGGAAGUGCAGUUCCUCACAUAGUAGAAACAAUUUCGCCCCAACAUUUGAAAUGCAUAGAACUAACAGACCAAGUCUAAAAUGAGUGAUAAUAAUUGAAAAAGAUCAUGCUUAGGUAUCAUUUGUCCACUUCUUCGAAAACAACCAUCAACACUUUCGACUGUAUAACUUUAAAAGAGCGACCAAACACACUAUUUGCCCUGUCAUAUAAAACCAGUUCACAAAUGUUUUUUAUGUAUCCAAAAUGCUUUAGAACAGAACAUACGGUAGAAAGCAUGUACAAUGUGAGAUGUGAGUGGGCAAAGGUACUACAUGUUUUGUUCUUUUCAAUCCUUACCGUCAAUUUACGAUUACUUAGUUGGUUACGUCGCAUGAUCUUAGUAAAAAUCUUUGUAGACUAUGCAACCCCUAUUACCAACGCAAAUGCUUUUCCUUUGCCUAUUUAGAAUUGUCCCCUUUAGUUUGCAUUGCAAAUAUACUUGUCUCACGCGAAAGAAACAUGAAAAGGCAACGAUCGGAAAAAGGAAAAAAAUGCAUAGAAAAGAACGAAUGAAACAAGAACAUUACCGAUUCAAUAUUAACUGCCAAUUGAAUACAAUCAAGAAGAAGUUGUGCGAGAAGUUAACAGACCAGCUUGGAACGAAAGAUUAGAAGCGACGGAGAAUUAAAUGGAAUUAGUUUAUUUUAUAAGUAUGGAAAUUCAUUCCAUCUGAACAAAUCCAACGUAAGAUUUUUAUGUCAAGAGCAACAUUGAAUUAUCAAUCAUCGCAAGUGACAGAUGACCAACAAAAAAAAAAAUUUAAAACGAACAGUUACGAUGCAAACCUUCUACCAAAAAUGUAUUUUCAAGAAAAACCUUAUACCAAAUAUGAAGACGAAAUGCCUAUACCUCCUACAAAUGGGUUCAGCUUGAGUGUUAUAAUAGUUAUCGUAGUUAUAAUAUUGCAUAGCAUAGCGGUUUAAAGAAGAAUUGCAUAAAAAGGAUGAACAUUUUGCGGCAUGGAAGAUGUAAGGUUGCGCGCGACUUUAACCCACGGCCACCUUACUAUCUACAGCGCAUGUUGUAAUUUAUUACUCACAUUAAUUCCGAAAGAACGAGCUCUCUUGAUCGCUACGCCUGUCUCAUUGUUGUCGUUUUUUAUACAAAAAAGGUGUCUGCUGAUCAUGGGAGAACUCAACGAACCUUCAAAGUAAAGUAAAUUAAUAGUGAAUGAUAUGUGGUGCAUAGUUAAAUUAGUUUUAAACGCAGCGAAGACGAACAAAGGCACCUCAACGGGUUCACGCAAGGGCAAAUAAAUUAAGACACAAAAACUACAAACACUAUGGUGGAAUGAGGCCACCUAUGCUUAUGGUCGAGAAUGAGCAAGAGAACGUGGUUUAGGGAUAUGCAACAUUAGAGCACUUAGACAUAAAAACAUAGGUGAUGUAGCAAACAAUUGGGUGAAAACGUUGGUAUACAGCCAUGGUAGACUGAUGAAGAUCAUUCACGACGUGCAUUUAGCGAACUGUCUAGCUGAAUGAAAGAGUUUAAAAUGAAAGUGGAAUGUAACAUACAUGCAUAGGCAAGCAUGUUAGCUCAUAUAACUGAACAGACAAAAAAUAAAAGGCCGAAUGUGUGUGGUUUUCAAAGUUGGCAGGUAUUCGAUUUUUCUACUUUAAAAAUUUUGUUUUAAAAAGUGUUUUGAAACAAAACAGUCCACAGUCUUGAUUAUCGUUUCGUGCAUUUGAAAAUAUAUGAAGGCAUUCAUGUUUUUACCACGACAGCCCGAGUUGCAUUUCAAGGUAAAUUAUAACAAUCAGUAUUCAAAUUAAUACUGUCCGAACUUGAUUUGUUACCGAUAUUGUUUAAUUCAUUUCCAACGAUGUAUUGAAUAAACGUGAACUUCAACUAUGUUCUGCAAUGA